GUUUUUCUGAAAAUUACCCUUUUUGAAUUCUUGCAAUGAUUGAAUUCCAGCAUUAAACUGAUUAAUUUAUUGUUUUCAUUAGAUUCCAGAACCAUUUUUCAAGAUUGUACUUACAAAUAAUAUAACAUACUUCAAGUUUUUCCAUUUAUUUUUCAAAAUAACCCAGAAAUAUAGAAUUUUGGCUGAAUUUAUUACUACCAGUACAACUAUUGAACAAUAGAUGGCAGGAUUCUGGCAACUACCCAUCGCCAUUUUUGACUUAAUAGCGCAUUAUCACAGCCUUUCAGUAUAAAAGUUGAUAUUUAGUUGUAGGUUUCAAAGAAGACAAUACCUACACCGAACGAUUACUGUUGAAUGCUCUGAUGAAAACGACCGUCAAUUGAUUGAAAAUUCUGGCCUUAAACUUGAAUGAAUGAGUGACACCGUAACAUCGCAGUUUGACGCUAAGAAUCAAGAUGAUGUGCUCAAGAGCAUAAUUGGCGAACGGCGUGGUUGGGGCAUGUCGUCGAGUGGUGGGGGCCAAAUGCCGGGGGGCGGUGGGGCUGGGGGUGGCUACCCAACUCACCACCUGCCUCCCACCGUACCCAAUCCCACCCCCACCUCCUCGCAGAGACUCAGACUGCCCCCCACUGCUCCUCCACCUCACCAGAUUAUGCCUCCCUGGAUACACUCGCAGGCUACAGGUCUAGGCUCGCUGCCGAGCAGCCGGCACACGUACUUUGGGUCGCCGCACCUGACCGCUGGGCGCCCAGCGUGGCCGACAGGCGCAACCGCCAAGCCAGCCGGGGCGCACCUGGGCGCUGCCAACCCGCUCUUCAGUCUGCAGAGUCUGCAGAUGAUGGUGACGGCCACCGCUGACCCCCCGCUCUACCAGCAGGAGACCAUGGACCUGUCUAAGGCCAGGCAGAACGGCAACCUGCCCAACGGCGAAACGGGAGACAGUGUCAGUGUGAUCGCCCAAAAUCCCCUACGAGACCUUACACCGCCUGAGCCCGACAAAAUCCCCAACUCCGAUAAGGCGCCUCCCCUCCCUUCGCCCGCCUCCCCGGAGCCGGCCGCUUCCGCGCCCCCUGUACCCCUCCAACCCGGGGUAGGGGUAGUGGUAGGGGUACCAGUCCUCCCCGAACACAAGCCCCCCACAAAACCGGACAUUGCUGCCGCCGCGCACACUCCCGACAACGUCGAGUCCAUUCUUGAAAACAUGUUUCGCAUCCAAGAAGACAAGCAGCUGACCCCUCCCCCUCCUACAUCUGUUACCCCUCAUUCCGUCAUCGUUCCACCCCCCACCACACCCCAUAAUAGUGCUAGUACUAGUUUAAGUAAAGACUUGGCUCCAGUGUGCUCGCCGCCCGAGAACAUUAACGAACAAAAACUUAUUGAAAUUCUCAAGGUCGAGGACACCGACCAAUCAGUCGAGGAAAGUAAAGAAGAAACGAAGCCGGUAGACGAAGUGAAGAAGAAGGAGGCGGAUGUAGUGAGUGAGACAAAUGUGGAGGACUCAACAAAGACUGACAGUAGUAGUAGUAGUGUAAAAAAUGAACCGGUGUCGAUAGCGUGUGAAGCAGAUGAAGCGGCGAAACCGGCAGAAGCUGCAAGUUCUUCGGUUGAGGAGGUUGUAAUAUCAGACUCAGAAGAUGAAGGUAACGCAACGAAAGAUUCGACGUCGUCGCCUGUUGUAAAAACAGAAAAAGUGAAAGACGAACCAGAUAGUAUGUUUACAGAGGUGGAAUCUGAACUGGAGAAGAUGUUUGCGGGCAUUGUGGAGCCGGGGAGUGAGGGGGACUUGUUGGCUGUGAAGGAGGAGACAGGGGAAGGGGAGGGAGAGAAGAAGCCAGAAACGAAGCCAGACAAGAGGCGCGGACGACCGAAGGGCGCUCUGUCCAGGCGAAGUUCGGACACCUCGUUUUCGGGAGUGGAGAGUUCUGCGAAAAAGCGCAAAGGCAAGGAAAGUGUGGACAAGAAAGGCGCGAAGAAAGUACGUGUUGAGGUUGGAAGUGAUGCUAAGAAAGGGCGGGGGACAGGUAGCUUGUCGGCGGCUGAUGUGGGAAAGUCACGUGGUCCGGUGGUGCACGUGGAGGGGUCACGUGACAAUCCGACGAGUGUGAUGGUGGUGAACGGCGGGUCACGUGCUUUGGACGACGACGAUGCCGGCGACGCCACCAAGGCUUCCUACCGCACCAAGCGCACCGCCAUUUUCCAAACCGAAGCUAAGACGCGCGGCCAAGGUGCUGGUCUGUACAGCAGCACGCUGUCACUACGCUAUGACUCGCAGACGGCUGACUCGACGUGGCUGUGUGUCCUCUGCAAACGCGGACCGCACUGCGAGCCGUGUGUCGGCGACCUGUUUGGCCCCUACCUCAUCACGCUUCCGCCUGCGGUUGCGGCCGCCACGCCGCCAAAUGACGCGCCCUGCGACUAUGAGCUGAGUGCCGAACAGAAGCGGCGCGCCGGCGGCAAGGUGGCCGCCGCUAGUCUGCGUGCCACCGGCGGUGCCGAUCAGUUCGUGCACAAGACUGCCAAAAAGAAACGCACAGCGUCGCUGGACGGUAUGAUGGGCGGGGUGGUGCCUGUGGCCGGAGGAGGGGGGGAGUGCGAGGUGUGGGUGCACGAGGCAUGCGCAGUGUGGGCUCCAGGCGUCUACAUGAUUGGCGCGCGUCUCAUCGGCCUACAGGACGCCGUAGCAGCUGCCAUCAAAACGCGUUGCAACCUGUGCGGUGAGCCGGGCGCGUCGAUCGGGUGUGUGACGCGUGGCUGCCGACAACUGUUGCACGUGGCAUGCGCGCGCCGCUCCAACUGGCAUCUAGACCAACACACGUUCAUCUCCAAGUGCAGCCAACACGCCAACUUCCUGCAAGCACACAGUGCCAAUGCAAACACGGAAUUUGGAAGAAGAUGAAACUGAUUAGUCGAAUUGAGAACUGUCAUCAAAUGUACUCUCUUGUCGACGAACAUAUUACUGCAGGUAUUGGCUUUCAUUGAAAUUACAUUAUAGGAUUGAUCUACAAUAAUUAUUGACAUUACAAAACUUUUAUUAGAAACAAAUGACUGAAUGUUGUAAACAGUUGAAGUUUACAAUAUUAUAUUGAUAGUAAUAUUUCAAAAUGCAACAUAAUGAAUGUGUUGUCUCUAUUUUUACCAACAGGUUGAUGAGGUUCUUAACCGCGGGAAGGUCAGCCCUUGAAAGUGGCAUCGAGAAUAAAAAUUUAUGUGAUGAACUCUUAAAAAAUAAGUUAUUGGAGAAUCGUUUUUAUUUUUAUGUAUUUAUGUACGUACAUGUGUAGACGAUAACUAAUUAUUAACGUAUGUAUUAUUUUGAUUAUAAAAUAUCGUACUUGUACAUUGUAGAUAUGUUUGUUAUAUAUUAUAUAUACGGAGAAAUUGGUAACUUCUUAUGCAGUGUUGUGAUAAAAAUUAUAUUUGUUAUAAGCCGCGCGAUUUAUUUAAAGGAAAACUAUUUAAUUUUAGCUGCUUGUGUAAAAUAGGAAAACGAAUGAUGUACUACAGUAUAAAUAUUUUGUAAAUCAGUUAGAUUUAACAAAUAAUCAAUGAAAUAAUUUUAGUCAGUUAUAAUGUAGAUUGUUUACUUCAGCAAUUUUUAGUGAGAUUGACACGGUAAUGAAGAAACUAUGUCAUACAAAAAAUAUAUUCCACUUCAUUAAAAUGCAGUAGCUCUCCUAAUGAUUGCGUCAAUUUGUUUUUUUGUUUCAUUUUUUUAUUUCAAUUGGGAAGAUGAAAAAUUGAGUUGUAAAAAAUAUAAACGUUUUAAAUAAACUAUUUAAAAAAAAUUGAACCACGUGUGUGGUAGCUCAUGUAAUAGGCUUUAAUUGGAUUGAAUUACAUAAAAUAUAUUGUAUAGUAUCGAGGGCUAGUGGUUCGUAUAACUGACUGCUAUUUCUAUUCAAGUUGUGUAUGUUUUAUAGUCAUUAUAUUCAAUAGUUAAUCAUAUCCACACAUUAGCAAUAGAAUUUCCCCCAUGAAAACCUAUGUAGGAAACUUUGGGAAUAAAUGUCCUCCUAGUCAAAUAAUGAUGAAAGCUUUUUAAUUUGAUCAAAUUUAUCCCAUAAAAUCCGCUAUAGUUACUGUUCAAUGAUAUCAACAUUAAUAGCAUAUCCUAGCGCUGUAAUUUUGAUAAUUUCGCAAAGAAGUGAAUAUGUUCAGUUUCAAUAUAAAAAUAAACUAAUAAUGAACUUCAUUUUUUUCUUAUUUCAAUACGAGAACAUGUUUUAUUCGUGAAGUCUAUAAAAAAAUCUCUGACAAUAUUUCAAUUUUAUUUGAGUAAUUAAUUUAUUAUGUUAGAUAUGAAUCCAUAGAUUUGUAAACAAACAUUCAACUAAGAGGACUCAUUUGUGAAAAUACUUCACAAUCACGUUUGGAAUUUAAGUUUAUGGCGUAGCCGAUGUUUUAGUAUAGAUUCCAAUAACUUCAAGUAAAUUCUCGUGUAGUUGUCAUUCUAGGCUCUUAGUAGUCUAUUCUAGUCUGUAUCUCCUUUCAGACAUGAACAAAAUUAAUUUCAUGCUAAUGAAAUGAUAUGCAGCAUUGCAGUGCAAUUUUAUGUGGCAAUUGAAAAUAAACUGAAAUCUUGAAGGUUGAAUAUUCAAUAUUUUAGAUCUUAUAUAAUAGGUCUUCCUUUGAUUGUUUCUAUCAGUUAGCUUGAAUCAAUUUGUCAUAACUUUUCCUUUCAAUGUUUGGAAUAGGAGGAAAAUUGUGACUUGAAAUCUCACUACGUCUUUCAUUCGUAGUCUCAAUACAUAUAAAGACAUUAUCAUCAUUAUUUACCUACUAAUUAGGUACUUACUAUUGUAUUCUUAUUGCAUUUAGUUUUAAUGCAAAUCCAAUAUAUUUAUCUAUUCUUUUUCUUGGUGGAUUAUGAGUUGAGAUUCUUGUCCGUUGAGGUCUGGUUGUGGUUGCUAAAAUUGGUAUUCCCUAUUAUAAGAUGAAUUGAUUUCAGUACGUUGCUUCCUGAGAAACAUGAACAUGAGUCGUUUCAUUUAUGUAGAACUAGAAGUCAAUUAUUGCUAUUAUCGAUAAAGUGAUAAGUAUUGCUAUUAUCGAUAAAGAUUAUUGCUAUUAUUGAUGAAAGUUUUUAAAUCAUGUUUUCUGUACUUUCCAAUAGAUAUGUGGUAAGUCUACCAACUUUCAGAUUAUAUUUAGGUUAUUGUGUCACGGUUUUUUUAAUCGUUUCAAAUAUUUUCAGUCUUGAUGUUGGCACCAUGCAAAUACAUGACUGAAGUGAUUCGUUUGUAAGUAAUAGAAGAGGAAAAUUUACUUUUAUUUGCUACUUUAUCUAAUUUCAAUAUAAUUUUUCGAGAAAUUUUCCACUUUUUUAAUUGAAAGAAAAUGUAACUUCUUAUCAAUUUUCAUUUUUAAUAUAAUAUUUUAAUGGGCAAGUUUAUGGAAAUAUUUUCGAGAAAUUUUCCACUUUUUUAAUUGAAAGAAAAUGUAACUUCUUAUAAAUUUUCAUUUUUAAUAAAAUAUUUUAAUGGGCAAGUUUAUGGAAAUUAAUAUUUCAUCUUUUACAGUUUUACAAUUUGAAAUGUUUGAUCCAACCUGUAUAUUUUUAUAGGUUUUUGGUAAGGAAAAUGCACUAUCCUACUUAUAACUACGCACAUAACACAUCACUGAAUCUUUAUCAGAGUUUUAUUUAUACAUUAUCAUAUAUCAUAUAUCAAUACUUAAUAUCUCUUAAAAAGAGUGAUCAAUGAAUCUUCCCAAUUUUCAAUAAGAUUCUGUGAAAUUAUUAUUUAAGAAUAUAUACUUUUAUAAGCAGCAUAUUGUAAGAUCUUCUGUAUUCCUUUACUGUGUUUAUAUUAGAUCGAUUUAUUACUUGUAGGUUUUAUAAUAUAAUUUUCAUAAAUACUUAUGUUUAUUUUUCUUAAAACCAAUUUUAAACUUGAGUAGCGUGUUUGUGAGAGUGUAAGUCGAGAAUUGUGUUACAGUUAUAAAAUUUGUGAUCAUGUCUUUUAUAUUUCUAUUGUUUUUUUACCGGUCUAUUCCUAUUAAAAACUUACGUUUUUACUUCCACGUUGCAUUUUCACUAUUAUACAUUUAUUAAUAGUCAUCAUUGUACCGGUAUCAUGAAUUCUAGUUUGAAGUUUGGCAUUCAAUUUGCUAGAUAAUUGAUCAAAUAAGUAAUAAUACUUGUAUACUACUAAUACUUGAUACAUAUGUACUGUCACAGCAGUACAUAUGUUUUCCAAUUAUAAUUGGAUAUGUAUAAAACAAUUUUGUUUCCAGUUUUGAUCACUUUGGUACGUUCCUCAGGGAUUGCAGAAAUCCCCAAGUAACAAUAUAUGGCUCGAAUAUAUUCCUACAGUUCAAUAAACAGUAAAAAUUUAUUCAGUAAAGCUGGAUUCCUACUUAUCAGUUAAAUUGGCAUGUACAGUGAGAAUAUUAUUCCCAUAACCUCUAAUGGGACUAUUCAUACUGGCUCGGUCGUGCUGAGAAAAUAUUCCAAUCAGAACUCAUGGAAAUUAUGUUUUCACUGUGCCAAUAACUUCCACUGAAACUGAUUCGCCUUAAAUUUUGCAAAAUUAUUCUAAAACUCGUUUUUGUAUUUAGUUGAAACACAGUUUAUUCUUUCAAUCAUUAUAAUAAUUUUAGUUUGCCAGCCCUUUGCGUUGUGAUAGUACAAGUGAUAAGCAUAACUACUUUGUAAACUCAUGUACAGUAUAUUUUAAAGCCGAUAGUGAUUCGAUUGACUAAAUUUGAUAUUUCCCAUCUGGUGCUGUGAGUGAUUUUUCACUCUUUUAUAAACUUGGAUUUUUGAAGACUUGUGAUCUUUUUGCUUUGAAUUCUUAAUGUUUUGUGGGAUUUGAUAAUCAUGAGAUGCUCAAACCAUGAACACCGAAUAGAGGCUUGUGAAUCAUUGCACAACCCAGAAAUUGCAGUAUUCUGGAUCAAAGUAUUUACACUUUCACCUGUUGACAUUACUAAUGUUACUCAUUCUAUUACGAAUAUAAUUAUUCUCAUUGAACAAUUGAAUGUUACAUCCAAAAAUAAUUGAUUGUGACUUAGGUGGUCAAAUUUUAUAGCUUAUUUGAUGAGUCUUGUAAUAAGUGUUUCCUGUAAAAUAUAUAAUAUUGGGAAACGUAUCUAUAAAUCAUUAAUGUUAAUCCAAUUAUCAAUAUCUGACAUCUGUACCGUUUCUCAAAGCAAUUUCGUCCUUGUUUGAAAAGCAUUUUUAAUACAUGUUUCACAUAAUAUAAUGAUUAUAAAUUGGAGUUUCAUUGUAAUGUAUUUGUAACUUAUAACUCAUUUGCAUGAAAGAAUAUUGUAAUGCUUGAUUUUUAGUUAUAUUUGAAACGAUCACCAGACAUUCUACUUGUAUGUGACGAAAAAGCGCAUCGACUUCUUGAAUUAUUUUCAUUAUUGUGGAAAUAAACCAAUUUAUAUUUUCAA